UCUAUUCAGUAUUCAGUUUCGCUCGGCGCUCUGUCCGCGCUGGUUCUCCAAGCACCGGCUUACUACUUUUACUCACAAAUAUAUACUACAAGUGUCUUCUCCAUAAACAAUCAACCGAAAAUUCCCGCGCUACCAGACAAGAAAAAACAAUCAAGACCUUCGUGGGAAUGAAAGGAAGAGGCUGAGAAUGAGAUAGUGAGGAGAAUAAAAUAGGGACAAUGUGCUAUGUGAUUGUUACCGGCCGCAGUCUUCUGUGGUCUUUGCUGUCUCUUGUUGCUUUGAUGGCCGUAUUUUCGGCUCUCAUUACUCCCAAGUGGAUUGUUGGACCUCCGAAGACUAAGGAUACUCAAAAUGGCACUGAACUGUACACACCGACAGCGGGAAUUUUCAAUCGGUGCACGAUGCUCUUUGGUAGGGUUCACUGUGCUAAUUUCAACAUCGAUGGUCUGGCGACAGAUUCAAAUGUCUUUCCAGGCUGCUGGAAAGCUUCACUAUUUUUCCUUGCUCUAGGACUAUCAGUAAUGGCACUUACAGUAUUUGCGGCUGUGAUUGGCUGCUGUGUCCAGAGUAUUGGUCGCAAAAGUAUUUUUAAUCUCGCUGGAGUAGCACAAGCUAUUGCUGGAAUUCUUUACUUGAUGGGUAUGAUUUUGUAUCCCGCUGGAUGGGGUGCAGAGAGAGUUAGACGUAUUUGCGGUCUUGAUGCUUCGCCUUUUUAUCUUUGUGAUUGUAGCUUAGGUUGGGCAUUUUAUAGCGCAGCAAUCGGAGUUGCUUUGACAUUUGUUUGUGCUGUACUAAGUGCGCAAGCUGAAAAAUCAACAGCCAGUGACAAGGUCCAGGAUAAGAUGAAUGAAGGCAAGACAUUAAUUUGUCUCGCGUAAAUAUCCAUUUGUGUAUCAAAUAAACUAAAUGAUAAAUGGUCAAGAUAAAAAUAAGUGCCCGAAAAAAUAAAUAAAUAGCAUUGUGAUGAUGUCAAGAGAGUAAAUAUCUGUAAUACACAAUAGAUUGCAUUAUUAUCAUUAUAAUAACAAAGAGAAUCCAGGAGCUGUAAUUCCAUUGUGUCGCUGAAUAUCAAUGAGAAGCUUGUCGCUGCCUAACAGCCUUUUUUUAAAAAAAGUAGACUGUAAUCGUUGCAUUUUAUUAUUCAUGUUGAUGUUACGCUGGAUUUAAAAGACUUACCAGCUGUUCAUCAAUUGAAAUAUUUGACUUAAUCAAGAUACAAACACUGAUCUUACUUCUCUGAAUUACUUAAUUCUGUUACUUAACAAUAUUAAUUAUAUUUUGUAUUUAUUAAUUAUAAGAAAUCUUAGUUAUUGGAACAAAAAAAUUUUAUAAUAAUUUAUAUAAGAUUUUAAUAAAUAUAUUCAUAUAAAUGUUGUGUAAAUAUA